AUGUUAGUGGCGUAUCACGUAUUCUCACUCGCUCGCCCUGGCAUCGCAACCCCGCGGACAUCGCAUUUGGCCCAAUCGCCUUCCGCGUUCCCCACGCUUCCCCCCAUCGUCUCUCACACACCCCCCCACGCACACCCUCACCGUCGCCCAAGCUCCUCCCCACCGCUGCGAACGCUUCCUCCUGCCUUCACCCACGCUUCCCCACAUCGUCGCUCACGCCUUCCCCCACCUUCCCUCACGGUGGGAAGCUCAUCGCCCACGCUUCUCCCCACCGUCGCCUACGCUUCCCCCCACCAUCGCCCACGCUUCUCCCUACCGUCGCCCACGCUUCUCCCCACCGUCGCCCACGCUUCUCCCCACCAUCGCCCACGCUUCUCCCCACUGUCGCCCAUGCUUCCUCCCACCGUCGCCCACGCUUCUCCCCACCGUCGCCCACGCUUCUCCCCACCGUCGCCCACGCUUCUCCCCACAGUCACCCACGCUUCUCCCCACCGUCGCCCACGCUUUCCCCCACCGUCGCCCACGCUUCUCCCCACCGUCGCCCACGCUUCCUCCCACCGUCGCCCACGCUUCCCCCCACCGUCGCCCACGCUUCCCCCCACCGUCGCCCACGGUUCCUCGUUGCUUCCCUUCCCAUUGCCGCAUUUGGUCGCUCUCGCUCUCCCCAUUGCCACCUUCUCUACUCCUUCCACCCCACCCUUGCACCCUCCUUUCCUUCUCUCUCAUUCUCCCUCCCCCCCUGCCUCUCACCCAACCUGGCCGCGGACGUAUGGCUGGCCGGUCUCGAGCGUUGGGGAUGGGGUCGUGACUCGUUCGCGGUGGGAUGUGGGAGGGUGCGUGGUCAGCAGCACCCACCCUUCUCUCUCUUGCACCAACCCCGCACACAUGGCAGGUGCUGCUGCGGCUUUGGAGCAGAGCGCAGGGCGCACAGCCGCAGCAGCGCGUGCAGUCGGGCAGCAAGGAGCGCAGUGCUGCAGGGGGUACGGCAGGGGAGCGGGGGAGGCGGGGCAGGGGAUGCGGGGCUGCGCGGGGCAGGGGAGGCGGAGGGGAGGGAGAGAGGGUCCAGGGAUCCUCCUAUCCCCCGUUCCAUCCUUAUACCCUGCCCUCCUCCCUUACUCUGUUCGUUCGUUCCCCCACAGUCGUCCUCCCCUCCCUUCUCCGUUGUAA